AUGCAGAUUGACCCCGACGUGCACGUGUUGAUAGAUUCCCACAGUGAGCGCAGCGUCGCCGCCAACACUUGCCUAUCGUCGAACCACCUUGCGCACGGAUCGCAGCCACCUUGUACGGCACCUUCCAUCUCGUCUUCAUCUUUGUCUUUUCUGAAAUAUCCGUCGCGACUGUUCAGUCAGGUAGGCGGUGGCGAUGCUAGUGGGUGUAGCUCUUGCAACGCAAAUGACGACCUUGACGGGGAGACCGAUCUCGGUUUAGGGUCUUCUAGUGACUUAGGGGACGUUAUUCGCCACGGUGAGUUGUAG